UGAUGGGCAACUCAACCUAAAGUCAUCAGAAGUGAAGUUGUCCAUCAUUUGGUCCCUCCUUCUGCAUCCCUCCGCGCCGCGUGACGUUUUCUCCUCGGGAGCUGUCCCGUGAACCCGCGUGCUGAAACCGCAGCAUCACACACCGUCAGUCCACCGGGAUCUCGUGCAUAUGAAGUAAGGAUCUUCCGCGUGCAUUGGUUAUGAUACAUUGUCAUAAGGAAUUGCGCAACUCGAUGCGAAGACGAUGCGCAGCGUCGGAUAGCCCGCGCGCAUCCGUAAUGACAGAUCUAACACACGGAGCAACGUGGCACUGAGAGCAGAUUCAUAAACUGCAGCAGAAUAACAUUUCAUCACAAAUGUCACGACAUGGAUGCGUCUACAGACAGCAGCAUCACCUGCAGAAAUGUUUGGAAUUGGCCGUGCUUGCUUAUGCAUUAAGUAUUGCUUUAUCCUUUAGGUGCAUACACCUGCAAGAGCUUUAAAGAGCGAAAUCUGAAAGUGGACCUCGUGGAAAAUGAUUAGAGAGGAUGCAAAUGCUUUAACAUCCAUGUGACUUGGAUGCAUUCAGACACGUUUUUAUCAUUAGGUGGACAGGUGCUGGAUUACAAACUCAGCAGGGAUGCAUUGAUAUCUGAAUAAUCAUAUGGCUUUUGACACCUGUGUGCUGACCUCUGGAAUAAAUAUUUGAUGAACUCAACAAGAAUAAUUGAAUUGGAAAGUAAACGAGGACAUAGCACUUGAAUGAAGCUUGCACUUAAAGGGCCAACAGGUUUGUGGAGUAUCAUGGCUUUUAUGCAUUGAUUCUUCAGUGUAAACUAAAAGUGCGCUUAAAACUUUAAUUUUACCUGGACUGUGUAUUUUUUGGCUUCCUUGGUUAAAUUGGGUGGUCACGGCAUGCUGAAAAGCCGCUGUUGCGUUCUGUUCAGUGACCUGAAGGUGUUUCUGCUCCGGCCGCAGGCUCCUACAAGCCCCAUGAGCGGACAAACGGCCAGAAUCACUCCUUAUGCCUCUACUAAUAAUAAUAGCCUACGAGCCCAUCGGCUUCGACACUGGAGUACCCCAUCCACAGAGGACACUAUAGGGCCGGAGGCAUCUGCAGACGGGUCGGGUUGGACAAGUGCUGCAGCGGAUGACUUCUCAAAGGACCGCAGGGAUGAGAGAUUUUCCUUCAUCAGUUAUGCUGAAGGCACCCCAGUGUGCAGGAUUUGCUUCCAAGGACCAGAACAGGGAGAAUUACUGAGCCCGUGUCGCUGUAGCGGUUCGGUCCGCAGCACUCAUCAGCCGUGUUUAAUAAAGUGGAUCAGCGAGAGAGGAUCAUGGACCUGUGAACUGUGUUAUUAUAAGUAUCAGGUCAUCGCCAUCAGCACCAAAAAUCCACUGCAGUGGCAAGCUAUUUCACUGACAGUCAUAGAGAAAGUUCAGAUCGCAGCAGCUAUCUUGGGUUCUCUGUUCCUGAUCGCCAGUAUCUCCUGGUUGGUGUGGUCCUCUCUCAGUCCCUCAGCAAAGUGGCAGCGUCAGGACCUGCUGUUCCAGAUCUGUUAUGGGAUGUAUGGCUUCAUGGACAUUGUCUGCAUCGCUUUAAUAGUCCACGAGGGACCCUCAGUCUUCCGAAUAUUCCAUCGAUGGCAGGCUGUCAAUCAACAGUGGAAAGUUUUAAACUACGACAAGAAGAGAGACAGCGAGGAGCAAAAGAAGACUGAGGAAUCUCUUCUUCAACAGAGAGAGCAAACAGGAGUGGAAAUAUCUCCUUCGCCAUCUUCUCUGAUGGCAGCGGCGGGUACGCCGGCCCCGGCCGACUCCAUGACAAACACGGACGCAGCUGUGACCCUCCAGGACUCCGCAGGUUCUUACCCGACCGAUGGGCACAGCGACGAGACGGCUCUGUCUGAACAACACUCUCCGUAUAACAUCCUUCAUUUACUGAGUCACUUACGGCCGCACGAGCCGCGCGGUCCGACCACUAACAGCACCAAUAACACUAUUAAACCUAGAGAACUAGUUAUGAGAGUUACCACUGUAUGAGCACAUCGACUGGAGGCCUUAUGAUGGAAAAUUCAAACAUUUCUCAGCACAAACAGACGAUAAGCACCGAGCUUUAACUGUGUGAUGUUUCUAUACAAUCUGUGGAUUAUUUCUGACUUGAUUAUUAUUGAUACUGGUGAUCGAUCAAUUUAGUUUUUUACUUAGCUGAUGCUAGGACCAAUAUAAUGAUAAUGCAUACGCAACUAAAUGGUAGCAAACAGAUGGAUUCAACUGCAACAAAUGACUUCAAAGGAAUAGUUCACAAAAAACAGGUUGUUGUUUAAAUGUUUGUGACAUUUUUUGUCAGUCUACAGGUUUAAAUUGAGAUAACUCAGACAGCAAAUGACUACAGGCCGGAUCCGGCCCAGAGUCGUCAGAGGUCUGGGAAGAGUUUAACUUUAUGGGCAAACUGUUACUUUAAAUGAAUAUAAGUACAAAAUAUUCAUAUCAGAAUAUGUGAUGUACAUUUACAUGACUGUCAGGAAGUCCUAAAAAUGAAAUCAACCCUAUUUCACAAAAUGUAAAAAAAUGCAGCAGGAAGUUAAAACAACUUGGUUUUGCAAGUCAUUUCAACCUACUAAUUUAAGUUUUGACCUGUGAAUAUUUGACAUAAUUUAUAAAAACUAGUUGAAGUUGUUUUACUUAAUUUUUUAAGUUAAAGUAGCAUAAAAAUAUAUGUUGAUUUGACAAAAAUGCUGCAUUUUUUACAGUGCAUCAGCCACUCGGUCAAAUACUAAACUACUAAGGUUUGCAUAAAGAUAAAGGUACAGAAUGUAAUACUAAACAAACUUUGAUCUGAUGUUUCCCCAGCGUGAAAGAUAAACACACAUUUACAGUACUGUAUAAACACAGAGACGAUAAAAAAGCACAAGGAUUGGCCUCUGACCCUUACCGUGGGUUUACACCAAAAGCGAAGCGUGCAAUCACAUUGCGUUGCUCGCUCUAGAUUACUCGCGGGAUUUAACUUCGUGUCAUGCAAAGUUUUCGCUCGAGUUGA